UCUGAAUGUCACUCCAGAAGUUCCUUCAAAACCUCAACACUGUCAAACGAUGUCACAAUAAUCUCCCAAAACCUCACCUUCAUCAGGCAGCCAAGAUCGGAGACGCCACCAUCAACGCAGUCCUUGCCGGCCACCGCUCCACCGCCAUCCUCCCCAAGCUAACCCCUACCCUCGUCCACCUUAUUACCUCUGACCCACAUCUCAAGACCCCGAAGUGCAUUGAGUUCUUGAGUUUCCUCCUAAAAAACCAAUCUUUAAUGUCUUUUGAGCUCAAUUUUGAUGCCCAUUUGACUCUUAUCUGCAGGCUGGCCAGGGCCAAAGAGUUUUCACUUGCUGAGGGCAUUCUGGGUUCUAUCUCAAAUCUUAAAAGCUUCAGGUAUACCAUUUUAGCUUCUUUCAUUGAGAACCACGCUGUUUCUUUGAGAAUAUCUUCGAAAGUGUUCAAUUGGUUGCUUAAAGCAUACUCCGAUAAUCAGGAAUUUGAAAAGGCCUCUGAGAUAUUUGAUCAUAUGGUCGUUAAUGGUAUAAAGAUCAAUGAGAGGACUUGUACUAUUCAUUUGAUUGAUCUUAUGAAAUAUGAUCAAUGCGGAUUAGGACUGAAAUUCUUUAAUCAGAUGGUCAAAUCAGGUAUUCAAAUUUCUGUGUUUUCUUUGACUGUGCUGGUGGAUGGGUUGUGUAAGUUUGGGGAAGUAAAAAGGGCUAGAGAGCUCGUGGAAGAGAUGGUUAGUAAUAAUAAAGGAAUAAAACCAAAUAUUAUAACCUUUAACACACUUAUUGAAGCCUGUACUAACAGAUGGAAUUUUGAAGAACUUAAUAAUGUGUUGGCAAUCAUGAAGCAAGAAGGUGUAGAUUUUACGGUUGACACUUUUAGAUUUUUGAUUUAUGGGUAUUCAAGCAAUGGGAGGAUGAGAGAAGCAGAGAGAAUAAUCAUGGAGAUGCAUGAAAAGGGUUAUAAGGUGGGCACCCAUUUCUAUAAUUUAAUCAUGAGUGGGCAUUGCAGAUCAGGUGAAUUAGAAAAAGCAUUUUCUUUAGUUUCUGAGAUGAAUGAAAGGCAUGUUUGGUUAGACAUGGAUACAUAUUGGAGUUUGUUUAGUGGACUUUGUAAGGUUGGCCAGUUUGAAGCGGCCAAUGAACUUGUCAAUCUGAUGCAGAGAAAAGGAUUUGAGUUGGACCAAGUUAUUUUUGAGACCUUAAUUGAAUGUUAUUUGGAUGAGGGGGUAAUGGAGGAAGCAGUUAGUAUCUUAAGUUUGAUGGAAGUGAAAGGAUUUUUCCCUGAUUUGGCCGUGUAUGAGAAGGUAAUUUGUGCAUUGUUCAAGCUGGGCCGAACUGAAGAGGCAAAGUCGAGACUAGCAGUUCUAAUCAAGAGGGGAUCUCCAAAGAGGAGUUGAGAAACUCUAUUCCAUUUUUUUACUUAGAAAGAAACUUAGUUCCACAAGAAUCUGUUUCCUUUAAUGAGAGAAAACAUCAGCUCUUGGAGUGAUAUAAAUGGUGAAAAUGUUUGCAUAAACAUUGUCAAUCAAGUUGCCUAGAAAGGUAAAAUAUUGGGAAAAGGUGCAAAUAAGCCCUCGAACUAACUGAAAAAGUGCAAAUAAGCCCUUUUAUAGGAAGCUCUGUCUGACCAUCGUCAUUUGGGGCGGUUCCAGGUGGAAUUUUUUUAUGAAUUUUUUUUAGGAUCUUCUUCACUAAGUCUAGUUUACCCAUACCAAAUUUUUGCUAAAAAUUUAAUCGGGAAGGAAGCCAAAUGAUUAUCUGAAUUAUACUGCGAUGUUUAACUGUUCAGUUAUCUUCAAAAUUUAUUUGACUGCCUUUCCAGUUGAACUUUUAGCUGAAAUUUGGUAUGGGUAAACUAAACUUAAUGAAAAAGAUGCUCAAAAAUUUUCAUCAAAAAAUUUCACUAGGAACCGCUUCAAAUGGCGACGACCGGACAAAGCUUCCUAUAAAAGGGCUUAUUUGCACUUUCUUUAUUAGUUCGAGGGCUUAUUUGCCCCUUUUCCCUAAAAUAUUUGCAGAAUGUUGCACUUGGUUUAUGAGUCAUGGAAUGAAGAGGUUAAAAGAAUCUGACCAGUUUCUGAAACAAAACAUCUGCCAUGGAUUUAGAUUUGGUAUCAGCUAGCUACAAAUUUUGGGAUUCACGGGAUGCCCUACGAUAUGUGAUUGCUGAAAUGAAAUUUGUCACUAACAGUUUCUGGUAUCAAAAGAGAUCUUUGCCAAUGGACACGAAAGAAAAUAUCAUGUUUUAGUUAAAAUCACUAGGAGACUAGUUGUGGGAGGAUGGGAUUAAGGCUAACUUCAUGAAACCACAUAGGAAGGAAUGACUUUGAUGGGGAUGAAGAACCGGUAGAAGGAUAUUAUAAAAGUGAUGAAAUAAUCCAAGAGACCAAGAGGCUGACAUCCCAAGUAGUUCAAGAAUGCUUUUAUAGCUUGCCUCAUCUGUGGGAUGAGCAAACAUUUUGAAUAUUUCUCACUAGGUUGUCGCAAUGGAUGUCAAAGAGCUGUGGGCCUAAGCGAUACUUGGGCAACAAGUAGUUUAGUAGUCAGUAUGCAAUGCUUGAAUGUGGUAUAAAAUAGUUCAAUAUCCAUUCUAAUGUACUACGUAUUAGUGUAUAAUGUUAAUACCCCUCCCAACCUAGAAAGACUCACCAUCGUUGGGUUUUUUUAUCAAUGAUGUUGAAAUUUGACCAACUAUACACUGUAUUUUUAUACAAGAUUAUUUAUAGUAUGAAUAUGAUGCACAAGUGUUCUUGGUUAAA